AGGAAAAUCAAAUUAGAGAUGGGCAAUUUCAAACCCCUUUUGUUCCUCUCCUUCAUUCUCAUGUUCAUGGCUUCUAUCACCAUUUCUCAAAUAGAAAUCAAGGCCCACUCAUGUUCAAACACCGGCAACUACACCACCAACAGCAUUUACAGGCAAAAUCUCGAUACCCUUCUUUCCUCCAUCGCCUCCAACACCCAAAUAGAUUAUGGGUUUUAUAAUUUCUCAGCCGGACAGCAACCCGACAGGGUGAACGCUAUUGCCCUUUGCCUCGCUGAUCUGUCGGUGGAAAAAUGCAGGAGCUGUCUCCUAAAUUCGACUCGGAGGAUUCUACAGGAUUGUCCAAACCAGAAGGAGGCUGUCGGAUGGUACACCGUUUGCAUGAUUCGUUACUCAAAUACAUCCAUAUUUGGCAUCCGGAAUGAUAAAGUGCUCGACCCAGUUUUUAUUUGGGGUCGGAAAGCAUCAGACAUUGGUGGCUACAAUCUAGCACUAAGCCGCUUGUUACAAACACUCAGAAACCGGGCUGCGGCUGGGGAUUCUAGACACAAAUUCGCUGUGGGGGAAAUUGCAGCCACCAAUUUGGACACCAUAUUUGGGUUUCUUCAAUGUACUCCCGAUUUGUCCUCUGUGGAUUGCAAUAAUUGUCUUAUGAAGGCGGCUCAAAGAGUUCCAAAUGGAAGUAUGGGAACGAGGAUAUUUUCGACCAGCUGUUUUUUGAGAUACGAGACUAAUGAUCUUUUCUACAACACUCUGCCCCCACCGCCGCCGCCGCCCCCUGCUGGUUCUGCUCCUUCCCCACCCAUGUCACCUCCACCGCCUCCAACGCCAGGAAAUUCUAGUAGAACUAUUGUUAUCGUUGUGGUGUCCAUCGUUUCAGCCAUCGUUCUCGUUGUUGCCAUUUUCAUCAUUUUGAGGUUGAGGAAGCGGAAGAUCAAAAGAACAGCCGACAAAUUGGAAGGUAUUCAUAUUGGAGACACCACCGACGAAAUUAGCAAUGUGGAGACGAUUCAAUUUGAUUUUGAGACCAUUAAAGUUGCAACAAACGAUUUCUCAAGUGAAAACAAGCUCGGACAGGGUGGAUUCGGAGCUGUUUACAAGGGUAAGCUAACCAAUGGACAACGUAUAGCAGUGAAGAGACUUGCAAAUAAUUCACAACAAGGAGAUGUUGAGUUCAAAAAUGAAGUCCUUUUGGUGGUUAAGCUUCAACAUCGGAACUUGGUUAGGCUGCUGGGAUUUUGCUUGCAAAGAACUGAAAGACUUCUCAUAUAUGAGUUUGUUCCAAAUGCCAGCCUUGAUCAGUUCAUAUUUGACUUUGGAAAAAGGACGUUUUUAGAUUGGGAAAGACGAUUCAAAAUCAUAAAUGGUGUUGCACGAGGACUUCUUUACCUUCAUGAAGAUUCUCGCUUUCGAAUCAUACACCGUGAUCUCAAAGCUAGUAAUAUUUUGUUGGACGAAAAAAUGAAUCCAAAAAUUGCUGAUUUUGGUAUGGCAAGAUUGUUCCAAGUUGAUGAGACUCACGGCAAUACAAGUAGAAUUGUGGGAACAUAUGGCUAUAUGGCUCCCGAGUAUGUAAUGCAUGGACAAUUCUCAGUAAAAUCUGAUGUCUUCAGUUUUGGUAUUUUAGUUCUUGAGAUUUUGAGUGGUAAGAAGAACAAUUAUUUAAAAGAGGGAGAAUAUUUCGAAGAUCUCACCAGCUUUGUAUGGACAAACUGGAGAGCAGGAACAGCAACAAAUAUCAUAGAUUCAACCAUUAGAGUUGGUUCAAAGAUUGAGAUGAUAAGAUGCAUUCACAUUGGACUAUUAUGCGUUCAAGAAAAUGUAAGCAAUCGGCCAACAAUUGGAUCAGUGGUUAUGAUGCUAGGUAGUUCUUCUCUCACUCUCCCGAUACCUUCUCAACCAGCAUUCUUUGUGGAUAGUGCCACCAAUGAAUUCAACAUUAAUGUAACUAGUUGCGAAUGCGUGUCCGUUCAACUUUCGAGGAAUGACAUUUCAAUUACGGAGUUCCAUCCUCGUUAGAUUAUCAUCACCCACCUAUGUUAGUUGCUUCCUUCAAAGAGUUUACAAAGUCUUGUCUUAAU